AUGGCGUCUCGAAUCACUGACUUUUUUGCAAGAAAAAAUGCAAAUUCUACAACAUCUAAUACCGCCAUACCUGUACUUCCGGAUGUAAAUGACCGGGAAAUGCCAAAUCCGGAUUCAAGCACGAAGAAACGUGUCUUGAAACUAGCGACAGUUAAGAGGUGGAUUAACGAAGAUCUAGCCAAAGAUAAUGGUAGUAUUUGGAUGCAUUACGAAGCUAACAAGCAGGAACAUGUUGAAAAUCUAUACUGCAAAAUUUGUCAAAAGUAUAAGGAGCAAAUAUGUACCAUGAAAGAUUUCUCAUAUGCCUGGAUAAAUGGGUCAAAAAACUUGAAGUUAUCUAUCGAAUGCAAAAGAUCAUGCAAAUUCGAAGUGUCACAUUCGGGCAUUCCGAUUACACGCAAACGAGGUUAGGGCUUGCACUGGAGAAUCAUUACAGUUGCCAGAAAAACUAAUUCCCGGACUGAAACAACCAACUGUUAUCGAAGGAUUUGUUCAAAUGUCAGAUAUAAUGAAAGAACAGAUAAAAAAGAAAUUUGAGCUUGCCUAUUUCGUGGCGAAAAAGGAACUUCCUUUUACUAUGUAUGAAGAUCUAGUUACCUUAGAGAAACACCAUGGUGUUGACAUUGGCAAUGCAUAUGUAAAUCGCAUUGAAUGUGCUGAUUUUAUUGAUUACCAUGGAGAAUACCUGUCAAAAACACUGACAAACGAUCUGAAAGAAGCAAAGUUUUACAGUGUUCUAACAGAUGGAACAACAGACUGCAGUGUUACAGAGAAGGAACUUGUCUAUGUACUGUAUUUUAAUCCAAAACAAACUUGGGAAAACAUUGGGGUUAUGCUGGCAUUUCUUUGUUUGAAACAUGUCAAGAAAGCUGAUGCACCUGGCAUUAAGUCUGUAAUUGAAUGAAGCUUUGCUUCUUUGGGUAUCACUAAUAAUGAACUUUAUUCCAAACUUGUUGGGUUUGGUGCAGAUGGAGCUUCGGUGAACAGUGGUGACAAAAAUGGUGUAAAAGCCUUGCUACAGGAAAAAUCGCCAUGGUUAAUCUUCCAGUGGUGUGUGGCUCACAGAUUAGAGCUGGCCUUGAAGGAUGCACUCCAGCCAACCUUUUUCAAGCAAGUUGAUCAGAUGCUCACAAGGCUGCAUUCAUUCUAUAGCAAGUCUCCUAAGAAGCUGCAUGAGCUUAAAUCACUUCAUGAACUAUUGAAAAAUACAUUUGACUUUGUUGAAGGUUCAUUAAAGCCAAAACGAGCAAGUGGAACACGCUGGAUUUCAUUCAAGCUGGCAGCCUUAAGAUUAGUCCUUGAUAAGUUUGGAAUUUAUCUAACGCAUUUGGAAAAUCUGGCUGAACAAGAAGGAAAUGCUGAAAUUGUUGGGUACUUGAGAAGGUGGAAAACCAGUCAAAUGCUGCUGCAUAUAGCAUUCUUUAUUGAUGUGUUAACUCCUGCUGCAGAGUUAUCAAAUAUUUACCAGGAAGAAGAUAUAGAUAUUGUGAGUGCUACCAGUGCUUUAAACAGAACCAAGCACAAACUUGAACUCUACAGCAACCUGAGAUUACAAGAUCUUCCUGCCACAAAGUAUUUGCUGAGCAAAGUAGACAAACAAGGUGGUACUCACACAUACCAAGGCAUUGAAUUCAGUUCUAUUCAAUUUGAAAGAGAGUUGGAAUUGCUAAAAGCAAAGAAAGAAAAACAUAAUUACUGA